CACAUUUCCGGUAUUCAUGAAUGCCCUCGCGGAGAAGCGCGAUUCUGAACGGGGAUAAGUGUAGUUAUCUAGUACACAACUUUAAGCGCGAGUGAUACCUUAUUUCGUUGUUGUUUUCAGCAGUGUUUGUGUACUAUACUCAAAUGACUUUCUAAUCGGCGGUGAUAUACUUGAAUACCGUCUUGCGAAAUCGCUUUUUAUUUCAACCUACCGCUAAAAUAAACUAGCUAACGUUAGCUUGCUAGCUACUAUGUCGGGAGGCGUCGUGCGAGGCCCCGCAGGAAAUAACGAUUGUCGAAUUUAUGUCGGAAAUCUACCCCCUGAUAUUCGCACUAAAGAUGUCGAGGACGUGUUCUACAAAUACGGAGCUAUUCGAGACAUCGAUUUGAAAAAUCGGAGAGGGGGACCUCCCUUUGCCUUCAUCGAAUUUGAAGAUCCCAGGGACGCAGACGAUGCAGUGUACGGACGAGACGGCUAUGACUACGACGGUUAUCGGCUGCGAGUUGAAUUCCCUCGGAGCGGCAGGGGUGGGGGGAGAGGCGGCUUUGGUGGUGGUGGUGGUGGGGGUGGUGGUGGUGGGGGGGUUGGUGGCGCCCCUAGAGGCAGAUACGGGCCACCAUCCAGACGCUCCGAGUACAGGGUCAUUGUAUCAGGGCUUCCCCAGAGUGGCAGCUGGCAGGACCUCAAGGAUCACAUGCGUGAGGCUGGGGAUGUAUGUUAUGCUGACGUUUUCAGAGAUGGAACUGGGGUUGUGGAGUUUGUGCGCAAAGAAGACAUGACCUACGCUGUUCGAAAGCUGGAUAACACCAAAUUCCGAUCACACGAGGGAGAGACCGCUUACGUUCGCGUGAAAGUAGAUGGUCCCCGCAGCCCGAGCUAUGGAAGAUCCCGUUCCAGGAGCCGCAGUCGAAGCAGGAGCCGCAGCGCAGCCAGUCGCAGCCGCAGCAACUCUCGUGGUGGUGGUGCCCGUGGUGGCAGAGGAUCUCCUCGCUACUCUCCUCGCCAUAGCCGCUCUCGCUCCCGUUCCUAAACUCUGUGUUGACCUUUUGGUAGAUCCCCUGUUAGCAGUUCCUCUUUCCACUUGUUUUUACCUCCUUUUGAGUUUUUCAGAAGUCAACUAUAGAUUUUAAUUUUUGCAUUCCAUCUCCUGAUGUCCUAGUGGAAGGUCUUGGUAUGUAGGUGUAUCCCCCUCCUGUCACCUUUCCUCCCUGACCCUCCCUACUUUAGUCCUUUUGUUUUGAUCUCCUUUCUCAAUUCAUUUGAAUUUACCUAUUGUCUUUCCUCCAAAAAUGUUGCAACAUUUGAAACCCUAUUGCUCUGAACUUCAAAAAUGUUGAUCUUAACAAGUUCAAUGUUUUUGUAAGUGUUGGAAAAUGUAUGUACUUUUUCAUGGGAUGGCGGGAGUCUCAUUGCUAAACUGUAUUUUACCCUUGUGUCUUCCUUUAGACAUCUGAAGAUAAGGAUUAAAGAGUGAUUUGGAAUAAAA